UUUUCUGCUGCACAUGAAUUUAGAUGUGAAAAUAUAACAACAUCUUCCACUAAUUUUUCGCUUUAAUUCGUUUGAGAUGAAUCGGUGUCAGUUUGUAGACUCGACUCGUAGCUAUUGGAGUCGAUUCUUAAAUACUUAAUGAUCAGAGAAUCGACUCUUGUGUGAGAUCGAAUCCCAGCUUUAGUUACCAUGCAACGAGACGCCUUUGAGUGACAUGCUGUUUGAAAACGAACUGGCUAGAUGUGUAAUAUUUCACUACACAGCUCAGAUUAGGAGUAGAUGAGAUGGCUGAUGGAUGGUGUACUGACAGUGGGGAAGCUGUGUACCGCUCCCAUGAUGCAGUAAAAAACCUCAAAAUAAGAAUCCGGAUUGAGCGAGUGACCUCUGCAGCUGCUCUUGUGCACCAUCCUGAACAGCAGCAGCGGCCGGAGCGAGGCGUCCUCGAACUAAACCCAUUGAUCUCCCAAACACGAUCAACUAGUGAUGAAGAAGAGCUGGUGGUUGGCUGGCAAGAGAAACUAUUCAGUCAGUAUGAAGUGGACCUGUACCAGACCGAGUCGGUGUGCCAGACGCCACUGGAAAAACAGUAUCAUGCCGAAAUCGUGGAAAUGGAAAGAUGUAAAAGAAGACUAAAUCAUCGCAUUUUUACCUACACGGACUUUGAUCGCUUCACCAACUGGGAGGAGCAGGCUCAGAGUCUGCUAACUCCAUCCCAGAGCAGGCCCACCUUCCUGGCAGAGCGCAUGGCAAAUGUCAGGCACAGACGCCAAGACAGACGGCCAGCAGACACCAACAUUCCAAAGGCCCGAUUAGUGGUGUGGGAGCCAUCCAGAGAAUUUAUGAAGGGCAGCCAUAUUGUCAACACACCGAUGCAGACCAUGCACAUCAUGGCGGAUUUGGGACCUGCCAGAAAGCUGGGGUUGAAGGAGAACGAAUACGUCUUGUGCACCAUAAAAGCCGACAGCAACGGAGUCCUUAUGGUGAAACCGGAUUUCAACAACGGUAGAGGACCCUACAGGCUGGAGACGGACGGAGAAAAAAGGGAUGUGUGGCGGCUCUUCCUGGAGAACGCCUCAGUUCCCAUAAAUGUGGAGGAGAAACAGCGGGAGCAGCGCAUGUACAGAGAUCUGUACAGCCGCCAUAAAGAUUACCUCAGCAGCCUCGUUGGCCAGGAUUUUGAAACGCCACCUCCAGGAUAUCUGCGUCUGAUCGUUAACGGGGAGAUAAUUUCUGCACAGGGUUAUGAGUACGACAACUUAUAUAUUCACUUCAUCUUGGAGUUACCAAACAACUGGUCCAGCGUGCCAUCUCAGAGCUUGUCAUGUGUGACUCAGACGUGCCGAACGCGUGAAUUAGGCGAGGACAACGUGGCUUUCUUCUCCUACCCCUUCAGUUUUGAGUCGUUCUUCAGGAAAGAAGACGAGUCAGAGGAGUCAUUGCCUCAGUGGCCCGUGCUGUACUUCAGGGUUCUGUCGCUUGAUUCCUGGCAGCGCUACAGAACCGAGGGAUACGGCUACCUGGUUAUUCCUGCGACGCCUGGGUCUCACAGAGUGACCUGCCAAACUUGGAGGCCCCUGCAGACCGGCACGAUGGCUGAACUGAGACGUUUCUUUAUCGGUGGCGCUCCUGAACUCGAAGAUAUCAGUGACGUGAGAAUACCGGGAACAUUCAAGGGGGAUCGUCUGAGCCGGUUUGGGUUCCGCACACAGACGACAGGGAGCGUCACAUUCAACCUGAACUGCAUCCAGCAUGCUCGCGCGUUUGUGGAGGCCAACGCUCUGAAAAAGAGACGGCAGACUGUUUUAGACCAGCUGGGAGGCCACAGUCAGAAAGGAUCUGUUUAUAACGUGCUAGAGGCAUUCCAAAGGGCACGUAAGCGGAUGCAGGAAGCCAGAGAGAGUCUACCCAGAGAUCUGAUCAACACCACUGGAGCACUCGACACCGAAUCUUCAGCAUGAAUUUUUAUUUAUUUUUAUUAUUAUUAUUAUUACUAUUUUUUUUUACUAAAUAGCAAAAUAAUCACCGACUAAAAAAGAUCCAUUGACGACUCCCAGCACCAGCACACAGUGAGCAGCAGAGGGCGCCAGAAUCAUGAAUACAUCCCACUGAAACCUGACCAAUCAUACUGAAUUUGUAAUAAAAUUAUAGAGAAAAAUA